CUCCCGGCGUGCACCACGCCGCCCCGCCCCGGGCCGGGGACACCGCGCCCCACCUCCUUAAAGGAGCCGGGACGCCCUCUCGGCUGCGUCGGCGCCGAGCGCGUUCGGGAGACGGCGGGCAGAGCGGGCCCUCUGGGCGCCUGACCUGGGCCCCGCCCCGGGGGCGGCCCUGCCGCCUGGGAAGGGAUGCGGAGAAGUCGCCUCCCUGUCCUCCUCUCCGGAGAGCCGGACCCAGGACGCGCCGCGGCCGGAACGUCCGGAGGUUUUGCACCUGCCAACCCUGAUCCCACUGGACCCUGGAGGCUCGCUCUGGAAUUCUUGCCUGGAGCUCUGGUGCCAGCAAUGAAUCAUCCUUCAACUAUAUGUGACAGUUCGUCUCUUCUUCAGCUGAACAUGUGUAUCUGAAAUGCCCGCUCAGCGUAGCCAGAGUCCCUGGGCAGCCCGGCCCUGUCCCUGAGGCUAGAUCAUGAAGGUGCCGGGGAGGAGCCGCUUCUGGAUGUGGCUUCCGUUCCUGCAGCUGCUGGCGAGCGGCGCGGAGCAGGAGGGCGUGGCGGGGCCCGCCGUCGAGCUGCCCCGUGGCCGGGGGGCGGCCGUCCCGCAGAGGAGGCCGUGGGUCCUGGAUGGCUGCAGGAGGCUCUCCGGGCUCCUGCGCCAGAAGGCCGUGGUUCUGAACAAGCUGGAGGACGCGAUCAGAGCGGUGGAGAGGGACGCCAGCCUCUCGGACCAAGAGAAGCUGUUCCGGGUGCACACGCUUGAGAUUUUCCAGAAAGAGCUGAAUGAAAGCGAGAACUCGGUCUUCCAGGCCGUGCACGGCCUCCAGAGAGCGCUCCAAGGUGACUACAGGGACGUGGCCAACAUGAAGGAGAGCAGCCGGCAGCGCCUGGAGGCCCUGCGGGAGGCGGCCAUCAAGGAGGAGACAGAAUAUGUGGAACUUCUGGCAGCAGAAAAACAUCAAGUUGAAGCCCUUAAAAACAUGCAGCAUCGAAACAAGAGUCUGUCCAUGCUGGAUGAGAUCCUUGAAGACGUGCGGAGGGCAGCCGACCGUCUGGAGCUGGAGAUCGAGGAGCAUGCCUUCGAUGACAAUAAGUCGGUCAAAGGGGUCAAUUUUGAGGCGGUCCUGCGGGUGGAGGAGGAGGAGGCCGACCCUCAACAGAACCUCAGCAGGCGGGAGGUGGAGGAGGACCUGGGCCUGAGCAUGCUUAUCGACUCCCAGAACAACCAGUACAUCCUGACGCGUCCCCGGGAUGCCACCAUCCCACGGGCUGACCACCACCUCAUAAAGGACCUCGUCAGCAUUGUGAUGCUCUCCCUGCCUUGUGGCUGGCUCUGCACCACCAUCGGACUGCCCACCAUGUUCGGCUACAUCAUCUGCGGCGUGCUGCUGGGGCCCUCCGGACUCAACAGCAUCAAGUCGAUUGUGCAGGUGGAGACGUUAGGAGAAUUUGGUGUGUUCUUUACUCUGUUCCUCGUCGGCUUAGAAUUUUCCCCGGAGAAGCUAAGGAAGGUAUGGAAGAUCUCCCUGCAGGGGCCCUGCUACAUGACUCUGCUCAUGGUGGCCUUCGGCUUGGUCUGGGGCCACCUUCUGCAGAUCAGACCCACCCAGAGCGUCUUUAUCUCUGCCUGCCUGUCCUUGUCGAGCACACCUCUGGUGUCCAAGUUCCUCGUGGGCAGCGCGCGCAGUGACAAGGAAGGCGACAUCGACUAUGGGGCAUUGCUGCUGGGGAUGCUGGUGACUCAGGACGUGCAGCUGGGGCUGUUCAUCGCCAUCCUGCCCACGCUCAUCCAGGCGGGAGCUGGUGCUCAUGCCAGCGUCGCCAUGGAGGCCCUGCGGCUCCUGGCCCUGGUCGGGCAGGUCCUCUUCUCGCUCGCCGCCGUUCUGCUCGUCUGUCUGCUGGUGAGGACCUAUCUCGUAGGCCCUUACUGCCGGAAGCUGCACGUGGAGAGCAAAGGGAACAAGGAGAUCCUGGUCCUGGGCGUCUCCGCCUUCACCUUCCUCAUGCUGACGGUCACCGAGCUGCUGGGUGUGUCCAUGGAGCUGGGCUGCUUCCUGGCUGGAGCCCUGGUGUCCUCCCAGGGCCACGCGGCCGCCGAGGAGGUCGUGUCCUGUGUGGAGCCCGUCCGCGACUUUCUGGCCAUUGUGUUCUUCGCGUCCAUAGGCCUUCACGUGUUCCCCACCUUCGUGCUCUACGAGCUCACUGUCCUGCUGGUCCUCACGCUCUCGGUGGUGGUCAUGAAGUUUGUCUUGGCAGCCCUGGUCCUGUCCCUGCUCCUGCCCAAGACAAGCCAGUACAUCAAGUGGAUCGUGGCCGCUGGGCUGGCCCAGGUCAGCGAGUUCGCACUGGUCCUGGGGAGCCGGGCACGCAGAGCCCGAGUCAUCUCCCGAGAGAUGGUGCCAUGGCCUCCGAUCCUUGGGCACGUGGACACAGGGGCUCGGGGUUGCCUGAGGAGCCCGGCCCUGCGGCGCCCCUGCUGGCACUGCACCUUGUCCGCGUGCCUCCGCCUCCAGCCUGCGUCCUCUUUGCUCUCGCGUCUCCAGCACCCACGGCAGAGCCAGGAGCUCGUAAGACCGCGUGAAACCUAUCUGAUGUGCUGGCAGCAAGUGUUCCCUCAAAUGUGGAGUUAAUACCACUCUGUGAAGAGGAAAUACUGUUGGAAAAGCCCUGUGCUUGGAGAGGCCUGGACCCUUAGCACUGCCUGGAGUCAUGAGGACGGCACCGGCCUGGGCCCACUCCGCUCUGGCCCUGGGACGUGGCCUCCUCACCUUUUACUCAGCAGUGUCUUCACCCUCGCCUCUCUCUGUCCUUAGCAUCCAUAAGCCUGCUCCAGGCUACCCCGUCGCAAACUCACAAACUCAACCCCAUCUCUCAACCCCUGUCCUCAUGCUCCCUUUCCCGUGUAGACUCAAGCAGGCCCAGAGUCCUGCUAACCCCUGUGUGUGGGACUGCAGACCACCUGCCUCCCAGAAGCAAGCCUUGACCCAUCACCAUUUCCUCUGGGCCUGUGCAUGCCCCAGCAGAAACUUCAGGCCAGAAGGAAGUGGCAUGAUAUACUUCAAGUGAAAAGAAAAGACAUACAACUCAGAAUACUCUACUUAGUAAGGCUGUUACUCAGUUUGAAGGAGAAAUGAAAUUUUACAGACAAGUCAGAUUUUCUGCAGGACAGAGCACAUGCUCGGCCACAAAACAAAUCUCCCUAAAUUUAAGAAAAGUGAAAUCCUAUCAAGCAUCUUUUCCAACCACAACAGUAUAAGACUAGAAAUCAGCUGAGAAUGAGAACUGCAAAAACACGAGCACGUGGAAGCUAACCGAUGCUGCUAAAUGGCAAACGGGUCACCAAAGAGGUGAGAGUACCCGGAGGUGGAUGAAAACGAGACAGUGGUCCUAAAAUCUACGGGACGCAGCAAGGCGGUUCUGAAAGGGAAGCUCACAGUGAUAGAAGCCUACGUCAGGAGACAAGAGAAUCUCAAAUUCUACUCUAUAAAACACUUAAGUCAAAAAGAUACAUGCACUUCUGUGUUCAUUGUGGCAUUAUUGACUAUAGCCAAGAUACGGAAGCAACCUAAGUGUG